AUGUCGGUAACAAUCAUUCACACUCGACCUCCUCCCCCUCCUCCAACAAACGUCCGACCAGCACCUCCAUUGCCUCGCAGUAGAAGCAAUCGGUGCAACUCGAGCUCUCACUACCCUCAGCGUCGCCACUCCAUGACCUCCCUACAGACCAGCGCUUCAGCUGGUCCAUCUAGGUCACCAACACCAGUGUACGCUUCAGCCGUUCAACCCAUCUCUGUACCUUUGAGGUCAGCCUCUCAUGACAAUGUCGCUCGACGGAGGUCGCGAUCUAGAGACAUCUUCCCGUCAUGGCGAGCAUUGCGAAGCAAGACGUCUCAACGUCAAGAGCUCGUCGAUGAGCCCAUGCUAGUAGAGUCUUUAUCUUCUGCUGUUGUCCCUGUCUAUCCGCCAUCUCUUCCACCUUGCAGUUUGGAAGCAACCUUUCAAUGCUCCGACACCAACGUAGACAUCCCUCCGGCGUUCUACCCAGGGCAAGCGAUACCUACUGUCCUAACGUUCCGACUCGAUCGUUUCUCAUCCUUGUCACACUCCCUCAACCCGACAUUGACGAUGUCACUGGUUGGCACAUUGCAUCUUCCAAACUCGGCACCACAAACGAUCAUAUGUGUAUCUGUCUCAUUGGCCGAUGGCUUAGAAUUAUGGGCGAGAGAUGCUCAGCAGGUAUACGCAUCACGUCCUCCAUCGCCUGUAUAUCCUAGCAUCGACCCAACUACCUGUCUUCCCGGCGGAACGUAUUCUCUCCCUUUGACCGUACAAGUUCCCUGCACACCCCGGCUACCUCCAUCGUUCGCCACACCAGGAUCAAGCUUUGCAGUGACCUACGCCUUGUCCGUCACUCUCACCUGCGACGACCCCGCUCGUCCUGGCGGGCGAGUCUACCUGGCAGAGACUGCUAGAGGCUUUGAGAUGAUGCCAGAGACCUUGCCGACUCGAACGCCCCGGUAUAGUCCGACCUCCUUCUGGGUCAAAAGCGAACGACCCGCCUCGACACCAGCUCGGAGCAGGUCUUUGACCCGGAGACCAAAUUCGAAAUGGUCAGUAGAACCCUUUCUUCCAACUACGACGUUCUCGCCAACCUCUACCAUUCCCUUGCGCAUCAAACUGUCUCCGCCGGAAGAGCCCGAUCUAGUUGGCACUCGCUAUCAAGUCGUCGUACGUCUUGCUGUCAUUCGACGCGAACAUCUGUCGACGUCUCCAGCACACGUACAGGAUCCCUCGGGUCAAUCCGGCUUGGUAAAAGAGGUCGAGGUCAUUAGCCGAUAUGCUUGGUUCGAGACGGUCACGGAAACGAUCGAGUUCGAAGCUGCCCUUCCGCUCAUGAUUGGCAAUCGAUGGACGCACGGGUUUUCGACCAUGUUAAAUGUCGGCUCAGCGAAUUCUGCCCAAGGACCGAUCGACACCAUCGCCGUGUCUUCUACAUAUCACCUCGCGACCACUUUGGCAUUCUUGCCACAGGCGCCAGGUCUGCGAGAAGUGAAGCUACAAGAUGUAUUCCCUUUCGAGAUGCCAGCUAUGGGCGUUUUCUCCGAGCCGACGACGAUGCCACCAUUCGACCUCUCAGUCCUCAAACGACGAUUCCCCGGUACGAUACGUACCUUGCCCCUCCCAAUUGUCGUUGGCUCCGUCUCCGAGCCUCGCUCCGCCAUGCAGCUACUCCGAUGGUCAGAUCUGCAUUUGGAGCGAACGCCAAAUGGUGAAGAGAUCGGAAGGAUCAUCACCGGCGAGCAGUUGAGUUGUGAGGAUGGAUGGAUUCAGGCCCCUCCAUCGUAUGGAGACGCUAUCGAGACCGUACCUUAUGAAUUCUAG